AUCUGACGUCAGUAAGGGAAAUGGCGAUCGUUAUUGUGUAGAAAAAAAUGCCGUGGCUCUGAGGCCAGCAGCGUCGCAUUUUGUGCUCGGUCAUCGCUGCCUGUUAUUUGGUGAAUCGUCGCGCGUGUGUCGUGGGACAAGUGAACGCCUUUUUCCGAGUCGAACUUUCUUCGCUGGAAACAGGGUGGUGUAGGCACCCACCAAGACUGUGCUGGUAGGUGGCAAGGGGAAAGAGCAGCAUGUCGCUGUGGGGCCGUCUGCAGGAGCUGCCCGGGGAGCUUUUGCGCCAGUGCCAGCUAGCCUAUGGGGAGCACUUCCCCAUGGAGGUUCGGUGUGCGUUGGCUCCUUGGAUCGAAGAGAAGCCUUGGCAGGACAUGGACCCUGAUAACCCUGCUUUCGAACUGUACGCACCAAAUGUGGUGGCCUCCCUGCUCGAGGAGCUGCAGCGCAAGGCCUCUACGGAGGAGAACUUUGUCAUGCGGCUCAAGCUCCUGGAAGCUGUGACCUCCUUUAAGCAAAACUAUGGCCACAACCCGUGUGCCCUGGUUCGAGUGAUCAAGAAUUGCCUGGCCACUGAGAUGCGCAUAAUCCAGCAAGCAGAGAACUGCCACAGGUUGGCUGCCCACAUGCCAGGCCCCCAUGAUCCACACACGGAGAUCACCCAGCAGUUGGACAAGUUGCGAAGGCGCACACAGGAGACAGAGGACGAACUUCGCCGAAUGAUCCAGGUGCAGGAGUCCUUUGUGAUCCAGUACCAGGAGUGCCAGAAGCUGCAAGCACAUUACCAGCAGCUGUCAACGCAGUCCAGUGGUCAGACUAAUGUGGAGCUGCUCAACAAGAUGCAUAAUGAGACCAAGGCCAUGGAGCAGGCAAUCAGGCAGCGUGUCAACGAGCUGCGUGACAUGCGCAUUGCCUUCGCAGACAAACAGCAGGAUACAGCAAUGCAGCUGUCCACGCUACAGACGCAAGUGCUGGACGAUGAGCUCAUAAAGUGGAAGCGUGCCCAGCAACUUGGUGGGAAUGGCGUUAGUUUUGAAAACAACCUUGACCAAAUACAAGAGUGGUGUGAAGCCCUGGCAGAGCUUAUCUGGCAGAACCGGCAGCAGAUCAAGAGGGUUGAGCACCUGGCAGUGCAGGUGCCCAUAGGAGGAGCUUCGGCCAUUGGUGAACGCUUCACCGCCCUGAAUGCCCAAGUCACCAACCUGCUUUCCUCUCUCGUCACCAGCACUUUCAUCAUUGAGAAGCAGCCUCCACAGGUUAUGAAGACCAACACUAGGUUCACAGCCACAGUUCGUCUUCUGGUUGGGGGCAAGUUAAACGUCCACAUGACACCUCCUCAGGUCAAGGUAUCCAUUAUCAGUGAGGGACAGGCCAAUUCCCUGCUGAAGAGUGACAAAGUCGGUGUUGGAGAGGCAAGUGGAGACAUCCUGAAUAACACGGGGACCAUGGAAUACCACCAGGCUACAAGGCAACUGAGUGUCAGCUUUAGGAACAUGCAAUUGAGGAAAAUCAAGCGAGCAGAGAAAAAAGGCACUGAGUCUGUUAUGGAUGAGAAAUUCUCAUUACUGUUCCAAUCCCAGUUCAAGGUUGGAGGUGGAGAGCUAGUGUUCCAAGUUUGGACAUUGUCACUACCUGUGGUGGUGAUCGUGCACGGAAAUCAGGAGCCACAUGCCUGGGCCACAGUCACCUGGGACAAUGCUUUUGCCGAGCCGAAGAGGCGUCGUCCCUCAUCCUCCCCCCACAACCAGGGUCGUGUUCCUUUCGCGGUGCCCGACAAGGUUCCCUGGCCCCAGCUGGGUGAAGUGCUCAGCAUGAAGUUUAAGUCUGCCACGGGGAGAGGCCUCUCUGAAGACAACCUGCGGUACCUGGCCGGAAAGAUCUUCCGCAACCCACAGAUCCAGGAUUUCACCAACAUGCCUGUUAGCUGGUCUCAGUUCUGCAAGGAGCCGCUACCUGAACGCAACUUUACUUUUUGGGAGUGGUUUUAUGCUAUCAUGAAAGUCACCCGUGAACACCUUCGGGCACCAUGGAAUGACAGUGUGGUGUGGGGCUUUGUUGGCCGACGCCAGGCAGAGGAUAUGCUUCGGCAAGGCUGCAAUGGGACGUUCCUGCUGCGUUUCAGCGACUCCGAGCUGGGUGGCGUCACAAUUGCCUGGCUGCACGAGGAUCCUCAGCAAGACACGAAAGAGGUGAUAAUGAUCCAGCCCUUCACUAGCCGAGACUUCACUAUCCGAAGCCUGGCGGACCGGGUGAGCGACCUCCAGCAGCUCACCUUCAUGUACCCUGACAUACCCAAGGACCAGGCUUUUGGGAAAUACUACACUCCCGUCACAGACACCCAGCCUGCCAUCAGCAAUGGCUAUGUCAAGCCAGUCCUUGUCACUCAAAUACCAGGGCUAUCGGGUAUGUUGAACCUGAUGGACAGCAAUCCGUCAACGCCACAGUCCUUUUUCCAUCCACACUCACCAGACGCUGGAGCGAGCAUCUACCACGAUGGUUCCUCCCUUGACCAGGCCAUGCAGGCGGGGCUGUCGGCAGCGCCUGACCUCGACUACAACCUGUGUGACAUGGACCUUGCAGAGUUGGAUAUACCCGUUGAUUUUUCAAGCAUCAACGUUAGUGAGCUCGUGACGUACACUACCAAAGCUAACUGAGCUCCUCCCUUCCCCCUCUUCUCUGGCAGGGAGUCCAGUAAUGGCACAAUAUUGUUGGCUUGCAAAGCCGAAAAUUGGGAGCUUUAAGGCGAGGUGUCGGGACUUUUUUCUUUUCAUCUCUGUGUGAUUCACACUCAUCCCACUUUACAAGGAAUCCUCCUGAAGCCCCGUUUUCUUGGAGCUCCUUGGUAUGCCCUGUACAGAUGUCAGUACUGUGUUAACAUUGUAGUUCCAUGAUGCUGCCACCAGUCCUGAAAGGAUGGCCCUUCACUAUCGGAGGGCUUUAUAAUGCACACCUCCUGAUGGCCAUUAAGAGUAUCCUGACAUUAUUUUUGUUAGUAAUGCUGUUUAAGGCGCUGUGCUAACUGAAAGCUAAUCUCAGAUUGAGGCUUGUGCGAGAGUGAGCCAUCGUGGCCACGAAGUGCUCACUUUGGUUUCUCUUGCUGCAUUGGUGUCGUGAAUGGCAAUGUCGGAACCCCUUCAGUGCUUUCAGUCUUCGUGACAUGUUUAGUAAUUGGCUGUGGGGUGCUGUUGACUUGCCUUUAACUUUUAAAGACUUGUCACAGGAUCACCAUACUUGUUGUGGAGUCUUGAUUACGGCCCUCCGAGAUGAGGCCAUUGCUUUGCGGGAGGCAGUGAAGAAGUCAAACAGUUAAUUGAAGACGAGGAAUGAGCCACAAUCAGUGUGUGAAGCUACUUCAUUUUUAUGUGGACACGCAUGUGAUAAAAAAUUAUGCUGACUCUUGAGUGCAAUUGGCAGUGUGUGGGUGCAACAGUCAGAGGCUGGACCCUUGGGCUGCAACAGUUAGACAUGAUAAGCAGGUGGAAGUGUGGUUAUUGCAAGAGUUGUGUGUGGCACAGUAGUGUUAUUUGUAGGCUGUUCCUGCGUACAGGUCCAAGUAGUGGAAAAUUGGCCUAGCGCAUGCUUGCUUGCAUAGCCCUGGAGGUUGGGAUUGAGAAAAUGAUGUGCUGUAUGCAACUCAAUUUUACCUCAGGAUCAAACUUCUGAUGAGCUGUGGGUUUUGUUUGUAUAAUGCUGUGACAGUCUACAAGAGCUCACAACAUCUGUGGUGUAAGCAUCUGCUCAGCGCAUUAGUUACUUUUAAAAUGAUGUUAUUGACAGGACAUGCGAAUCUUCACUUCAUUUCACUUGAAUGGCAUUGGGGAUAUACAUGUUUUAUCUUUAAAGUGGACAUGAGUCCAAACAUUUUGUUAAGCUCACUUAGUUUUCGUGUAGAGUUGGUAAGUGCUACAUACGUGCAUGUUCCAUGGAAAUGUCCUGGCUCCUUUUAAAAUUGAUCCAUGUGUUCAAGGCCAGCCUGCUUUUUCAGCAAUGAAAGAAGGUCCAGAUGUCACAGUGCUUUGUUUGCAAGAACAGCUUGUCAUGUCAUUUGCCACCAGCUUGGCUGUCAUCUCAUCGACCAUCACAGUUAGCCAGCGCCUGUUAUUGCAAACCGUUCUCGCAUAUAGACAGCUUUGUGAACUUGGACUUCAAUUCAUGUUGACACUCUGGCUGAUGUCAUUUAAAGUGCACAUUCACUUUUCUUCCAAGCUAUUUUUCUGUAGGUAUAGCUUUCUCUAAAUUCUUAGUACCCAUGAUAUGUCAGAGCAGUUGUUUCUGACUCUUACAUGCUCAUUCAAGCCACACCUGCACAAAUCUCCCAAAGUUGUGUUUAAUUAAUGACAAACUACUCUGCAUGUGUGCGUGUGUGUGCCCACGUUUUUGACAUACAUGUGUUCAACACCUUCGGGUUGCAUUUUGCUUCCCAGGGCUGUUUAUUUUUCUUUGCUUAUAUUAAGAUGUCCCAUCUUGUUAAUUUGUAGAUAGAAUGUUUUUUGUUUUGAGUGCCUCUUUUGGGUGUGUGUGUGUGUGUAUGUAUGUAUGUGUGUAUGCAUGCACACAGUCAGAGACUAUCUUCCUGCGUUCCUCAGACCGACUUGUUGCCACCGAUCUCGUGCUCGUCAGUUUCCUCAUGUUUGUUUCUUAAUUAAUUGAUCAUCCUAUGGUUUGUUGUUGUAGUUGAGCAGGAAUAAUUCUUUGUUCAGAACUUAUUUUUCUGUGUAUACAUAUGUGUGUACUUUACCACUAUACAGAGAACCCCAUUAUAAUAAAUCAGUAUGGACUGGCUAAGACAUUUAUUGUAGUGUGUUCUCAUGGCAAGUACGAAAAUUCAAUGGGGACUGCCGCCAUUGUUUGUUGUAAUGAGGGAUAUACUGUAUUGGGAGUUAAUAUAAUAAGGUUUCACUGUAUGACGAUAUGCUCACACAUAGUAUUACAACCUUCUGUGCACUGCUAGAAUAUAACUGCUUUUUGAACUGAGAAAAAUGUUACUCUUUUAUUUUUACUUCGAAGCAUUCAUGUAAAACAUCACUUUAGAUGAGUGGCCACUUCUUUUCUGUCAAUGCAGCAAUUUUCUACAGUAGUUACAGAGCUCAUUUAAAUAAAAAGCAUUAAACAAAAAAUCUCUGUCGAAAUUUUGCUCGAGCAUUGCUCAACAGGAGUUGUGUUUGGCUAAUGAGCUCUCAACAUUGGCGAAUGCACGGAUGUGCUGCAAGAUUACUUUCAAGCAUGCUUCAUGCACUGUGUGUUCUUGCCUGCUACAUCAGCAUAGUUUCAUACAUAUGAUACUAGCAGACAGUUGCUGUUCAUUUGUUCCACCCCCACGGGAUGGAAAUAAAGCAAUUCAUUCUAACUGACCAAGCUUUAAGUGCAAUACUGCUGUCUGUCCACAUAGCAGCGCGCCUUUGUGGCAAUUACAUCUCUACCCGGAGAAAUAAACCACUAUUGCAAAAUUUUUCCAGUGCACAAAAUAAAUUACUGUCCAUUAUGUAUGUGCUGCUAUAUUGCUAUUUCUGGUAGCAGUUAGGGUGAGUAAUUGUUUAAGAAUAAACAUUCUAAACUACUAAUUUUCUAUAAGCUUUGUAUUAUUGUCAUGCAGCAAAUUUUUGAAGACUGGAUUCAAAGAGGUUGAUACUCAUAUAAGAGGCUACGAGGAAGCUUGAAGACGAGUUUGAUAUGUGCCAUGCACCAUCCAAUAUUGCUGUGGUGGUUUAGCCGCCUUGUCUGUGGCUCUUGUAUGCUUACACCAUGUUCCCCCCCAAGUAAUUUUGUACGAACCUCUAUGGCUAGAACAAAAAGGCUGGCUACUCUGCCUCAAGUCAUUUCUUGACUAUCUCGUGCUUGAGUAGCCUACCUACUGCUUAGCAUUCUUGACAUAUGUCAUGUCGCAGUCAUGUACUAUCAGCCUCUAGCUGAUGCAUCGUGUGGCACUAGCCGAUACAAUCUCUCACAGCAGUAUUUAUUGUGUGAACUCAAUGCUGUUAAAAAAUUGGAGGACGCUUAAGCUUCGCUUUUAAGAGUGGAACGCGACAGCAUUCAAAGGUCCCUGACUGCUUCUCACGCUUUCCGGCAACUGCAGCUUAAGCAACCGUAAUGGUUACCGGGAAACACUGGCGGCGAAUGCUAUGCACGAAGGCGAGCUUUCUGGUAAAAACGUGGCCUCUUGCGUGGGGCGAUCCCGAAGAUAUUGCACAGCCGCACCAAAAAAAAAAAAAAUUGCAUAAUUUUCAGGUUUCCGUUUUUGUUUCGUACUUUUAAUAUUUCAGUCUGAGAAGAUUUAGCAUUAAAGGCAUGCCCUGUGGGUGUUUUGUUUCAUGGCAUUUGUUUGUGGAUUGUCAUUCUAAAAAUUCCGAGGAAUAGCUUUGCCAAGAAUGCAAGACAAGGUAUGAGCAACAUUAAUGAUAGAAUGGUGUGGCAAUAUAACCCACAUAUACCGCAUGUCAUAUAAGAAGGCGUGGCAUAUACAUGUACCUAAAUAUAUUCGGAGAGCCUGCGUGGUUCGGGAUGAUUUUCUCCACCACCCGCCAACAUCGCACGCCGAUGCCAGUUGCCGACGCCGGAUUUUCUGCGACACGGGGCCCUUAACGCUCUCGCGUUAAUAUUUGGGGUGGGAAAAGUAUGAUAUACAUCUGUCUUGGGUAUGUUUUUUUUUACACCUAAUAGAGACAUAACCCCAGUAGUGGAUAAGGGUUUAACUGUUAAAAAGCUGUGACAUUCAGACACUGCUCAUAGAUGAGUGUCCACAUUCUUUUAAAUUAGUGCACUUCCUUUGCUACCAACUGAUUCAGUGGUGUUCCCUUCUUUCCCAGUGGCACAUUCACUUAGAUUCUAUUGCCAUUGACUUAGUCACCCAUUGUACAUUAUCUGUGCCAUGCAAAAAAUGCCAUCACACCGCCCACUGCACCAAAAUGUUUUACAUGUCAAACUAGCUAUGUUGCCAAUCCUUUGGUCUCGGGAACUACAUAAUGGCCCUUGCCGCAUCCAAAGAAUGCAUGAUGGCCACUCAUUUGUAUAUCUGAAGCUGAAGUUCCCACUGUGGUUAAAAUGCAAGUGUUAACAAAGAGCCUCUGCCAACAAAACAUGCUGUGUCUGCCCUACAUCCCUCCACAAUACAAUAAAAUGACUCUCUUGUGGAUCAUACCAGCACCACGAGGAAGCACCGUAGUUUUGUUGGCAACAGUAAACAUGCCAUGGGCAAAAACUGCACGCAUGGACAGUCAAGAUAGGCACUUGUAUGAGCAAAGAGGACGAUGUGCAGAACGAACACAGGUGCAGUAAUAUGCACGGAGACUUUAUAAAGGUGUUAGUAGUUGGAUCACAUGGACCUUGCUUGCAUUUUGAGAACCUUGUCUACAUCACUCCCCGUAUGUAGAAAGCAAGAUCUUAACCCAUGACCAAAGGAUGCAACACUAAAGGCAGUGUUUUAAAACCUCCACAGACAGAAGUAUUACAUGUACUUCAUGAACGAACACUCCUAUCCUUCCCUCUAGGAUCACAAGAGGUUCAAUACACACCUUAGCUUGUAACUGGCUACAGGCAUAAUAAUAAUAAAGAAAUUGCUCUUGUCAUUCAAACAUUUUGUACAGUUUCAUGUACCUCAUUGUUGGCAUAGCUAAGAAUGGCCUUGCACAACUACAUUAAAACAAAUUGUAGGAGAAAGAAAAGACUAAUAUUCAUGCUUGAAGUCCUUUUGCACCUGUUCAUGAUUUGAACAGGGUUUGUUUUGCAGUGUAAAGGUUUGGUAAUUUUAUCCUUGUACUUUUUAUAGGCUCCAUUACACAUUUAACACAACACGUUUGCUAGUUUGCACCACUGCUGUAGAUAGCCAUGCACAAAGUGAUAAUGGUGCAAAAUGAUGUGCACCAAUAAAAUUUUCAAGUGAGAAUCAAGGGAUAAGAAAGUUUGGAGAUGGCUUUGUCAUUGUGUUAAGAAUGCAUGUUUAUGGUCGGCGUAUAAAAUGGGAGCAAUGGGAGUGCUGUAACAAAUUACUGAUGACUGGUGUUGGUAUUGUCUGUAAGCAAGGAAAAGAAAAGUGCAGAAUGUGUGCAGCAGGAACUGAUAAAAAAUAUUUUUAUGCAGAAAAAGACAUAGUUAUGGCUAGCUUUAUAAAAGUGCAUUUAGGCAGAAUACUAGUUUCGGGAAAGGUGCUGAAGCCAUAGCAAAACACACUAGUAUUUUAUCUACAAGUAAAUGAAUAUGACCACCUUGUAAACAUUGUCUCAAUUCAGAUUCUCUAGAGCACUACUAAUAGCUGGUGUCCGAAACAUACUGUUGUAGAUUGUAGCAUUGUAUAUUCAUAAUAUUUUACAGUGGUUAUUGCCUUAAACUCCUCUGGUUGAACAGGCUUGAAGUUAAUAUACUCCAACUGUCCAUCAAACAAAAGUCAACCUGAAACUUAGUUGUUGCUCCCUACCACAUACUUGCAUGAUUCCAAAUUAAUAUUGGGGGAGAAGAACAUUGUAGCUUUGUGUAUAGACUAACUUUCUGGAGGUCAGCCUCAUCAUCUUCCUCAAAUUUCAGUUGAAAGUACUGAGUCGCACAGCUGUAAAUAUGGUCUUUUUUUUUUUUUUUAAUAUGAAUCAUUGUCUAGUCUGUGAGUACUCUAAGAUAAUGGAUUCACACUACUAUUUAAUUUUGAACUCACAGUUAGUGCACUCUUGAACGAGCAAUGUGCGACAUGGGAAAGCAACAUGGAGCAUCCAUUUUGGAAUGUAGGCAACACACAUCUUAACUUCAAGCUUGGCAACGUUUUUUUACCGAGAGUGCUCUCGCUGUGCACAUUUUCACAUUCAUAAAAUUUUUUGCAGGUUUUAGCCCAAGUGCAGACUGAGCACAAAUUUCUCGCUUCCUGUAAAUGCGCACUGUUCACAACCGUGAUUGCAUGUUAUCACCACACGGCACUGAUUUGCUUGUCCUCUGUCGUACAUGAAACCAUUGCAUGACACAGAGCGCUGAUCUUGUCUUGUACAUCAUUUUAGGGAUGAUGUUAAAUCAGCAUAGCUGUAUAAGAAAGAAUUGGAGUGUGUUGCAUUGAAAUUUGCUUUGUAAGAGGCUUUGUACAACUUGAACAUUGAGCUUGUGGACUGGAGCUAAAGAUCAGCAUGAGUGAAUGUGGUAGUUUUUUAUCACGCGGCCCGUAGCAUGUCUUGAUGUUUUUUUUUUCUUUAGUGGUAGUCAGCUGGUCACGAGAGUUCAAAUAUCUUGCAGAAGAUAUUCAUGUCCUAAGAGUGCAAAGGUUAUUGAAAACUAGCUGCAAUGCAUUAUGCCAAUACAGGUGACAUUGCAUGCACAGUUGUGCAGCUUCCUCAGGUGCAUAGCAUUGCAGCAGUGAAGUAAUGACUGCAGUUGACUUCCACUAAUUCAUCUGCCUUGCUUGCUCUAUGCAAUUCUACCACUGAGCACAAGGCUCCAGGUUUAUCGGCUGCGGUCGCCAUACCCUGAUAACAGCGGAAUGCAAAGAUGCUUGUGCACUUAGAUUCAGGUGUUAGUUAAAGAACCUAGGGUCAAAAUUAAUCCCCAGGUCCUGAAUUAUGGCAUCCCUCAAAGCCCACUGUGCACCUAAGGAUGCAAGACCUUGUCAAUUGUAAAGCUUUCAUUAAUUCAACCUCGAUGCCAUGCAGAAUUUGUUACUUAUUCGAGCAUUAAGGCUCUCCUAUAAAUUCACUUCAACCUGCAUUUCAUUAAUUCAAAAUUAGGUUUGAUAAAGACUGCACUUGCACUUGGAACUGGGGCUGUAGAAUCAACCUUGCAAUGUUGAGAUUCUCUUUCAUGAGACAUUUAGUAGAUGGAGGACCACUGCGAGACAAUUUUUUAUUUCAAUUUUACUCAUGGCAGACAACUGAUUCAGUGCUAGCGAUGCAACAAAGCAGGACCUUGGUUGGAUCUGUGACAGGUAGAUAUAAAGAAUGCAUGAAAUCAUCCAUGCACCUGCUGUGGCUUGGGUGCCCCAGAAGAUGCCACUGUUUGUGCAACUUGCACUUUGCACAUGGCUAUUGCACUCUCUUUGUAUAUUGAAAAAGUAACUUGGGUACUGUUUGCCCAUUUGGUGUGUCUGUACACAUUGCUGAUUCUCUGUUGCUUCAACCAUCAAUAUUACCAACAUUCUACAUCUCAAGUUCGUAUCACCUUCUUUUCCUUUUUAGAAAUGUAUAGGCGCUUGCACUGGCCUUUCCAAUUUAUCAAAUGAAGUCAGGAGUUGAAUAGUCAGAUAUAAAGGAGGUAUAACAAUACUGUUAAUUGAUGUCUUUCUGGCUAGACUGUUGAAAUUGGGUUAAUGUGGCAUGUACUGGUAUGUAGAAUGCAGCAGUUAUAGUUUCAGCAUCUGUUUCUGUAUUUUAUUGUCACACACUGUAUCCAACACAUUCAGCAUCUGGACUGGCACUUUCGUGGGUAGUGAACUAUCUGGCUUGUAAGAAUAGUCUUUUCUAAUAUGGCUUGCUCAUAUUUCCUUAGUGAUUGUUGGUUAUAUUUGUAAAUAUUGUGUCUAAGCUUAAUCUUUUUCCCUUCUCAGCAAGAAGCAUGCAUGGAGUUGCUGAACAGGCAAAUAGCUGUUGACACACAUGCCAGGGUGCGGCAUAAUUAUAUGCUGCAUCCCUGAUGGCGUAGACAUAUGACAUAGUUGCAGCACUCCAGUGCUAGUGAAGUUGUAAUAGCCUUUUCAUGCCUUGAGUGCUUCAGAAUGUGUGCACAUGCUGUCUCUUUCAGGGUGCUUGGGUAGUCCAAGCACCUUGCAGCAGUAAUGUUUUACAUGCAACUAUAAAAUGUACCCCACUGCCUGUAAUUUCCAAAUUAGCAAAAUGCAAAACCAAAGUUUUGAUGAGAAGUUCGAACCAAACCAAAUGAAACUCGUUUUUUAUUGAGUUGUCUUUGUCCACCUUUUGAGUAGUGUUGUCUUUAGGUUGUCUCCGAGUUCAAUUUUGAAUCUGACUCAUGGAGCUAGAGUUAUGCAGAGGUACCAACCAGUUCCACCUAUGUGCUGUUCCUGUGCAGUUCCUGUUAUGCACAGCAGUUUUACAUAAAUGUCCUUAAAAGUAUGACAUACUUUCUUUGAGCAGAACUACAUUAUGCUGAAUUAUUGUCUGACAAAUGCAAACCUUUGUAAGCUUUAUUUAGUAUGUCCUAGGUGUAAGACAAGAAAUAUCGAUGGCCAGUUUUACUCAUGCAUAGUGCAUUCCACUGAAAAGCAGCACAUGCACGUGUGUAGUUAGCACCUUUGUGAUGACACAGCUGUAAGUGCUGACAGAAGCUGUGUCAGGGCAUUGUGCAAGCAUGCACAGGAGGAAACCAGCCACCACAUGCUGCACAUUGUCUGCCACAGAAAUAACUACUUCCAGACUAGCCGUAGAUUGAGGGAAAUUUGCUCAUGUCAUGCUCUCGUGUGUUAUUAAUUAAAUCAGUGUUGUGCCGACUGACAUUCUGUGGUGUCGAGAGGCUUAUUUCCUUUUUGUAAUGCUGCAUUGCUGUGUACAAGGAAAGGUGGUGUGAGGAAGUAGUGCAGCCAAUAUGCGAAAUAACUAGAGCACAGUUAUGAGUGCAUACCAUCAGUGUAAAUAGAAACGUGGACAUGUCAAGGCAUAGUAUAAUGUCUUCACAAGUUUCUACAUUUGCCAGUGUUUGCUAUAUCUGUUAUUUAUUUGCUGACAUGUAUCGUUGAGCUUGCAGUGUGCUUAGCCGAUGGAUACUUGGUGAUACCGAUGCAGCACUUUAUUUCUAAGUUUCCAUGCAUAAUGCUUCUUUUUAUUUGUAUUUCAAAUUAUGCUGACAGUGCAUGCAGGUACCUUUAUAGCUUGGCAGGAGUUGUAGUGAACUGUGGGAGGCCCCAUUUACUUUGUAUACUGAAGUGUGCUCUGCUUUCCAAACACACCAAGAAUCUUUCCAGGAAUGUGAGGCAUCUGAGCCAUCUCUGGCAAGUAUUGGGCAAAAGUGCCUUGUGUUGUCAAAAGCACAGGUGCCAUGCAAAAGGCAGUGACUGAAUGCUUGAAAGUUCCUGUAACUGAUGCUAACAUUUCUGGAAAUUAUUUUCUGCUUUCUUUCACCAGGUGGCUAAAUGAACGUUCCUCUGCAAACUCCUCUUGGGGUUGUACUGAAUUAACGAAAUUGUGCCUAUUCACAUACCUGUCUUUAUAUGUGGUACUUUUGUUAACUCAAACUUCUGGCAUUUUAAACACGUUCACAAAGGUCUCUCAUGUUUUUUUUAAACGUAGUUGCACUACUACUAAAUUCCCUAAUAACAAAUGUAACAUCUUUCCAGGAUCAGUGUGUGUUGUGCAAUCUUGCAAAAUUUGUUGUGACGUGCUUAUGCAUAACACCUGAGAAUACCCUCUGCAUAGCACCCCAAUUCACUCAUUUUGUCAAAUUAUGCUCCUUUUACAUUUGGCAGGGUACUGUGUGGAUGAGGGUGUAAAGUGGUGCAUAUUGUGCAUUGUUUUAUGUGUUUUGUAACAGGCUGCAGCUGUUCUUUCCUGUCCUGACAAAGCCUGUGCUAAGGCAUAUCUCUAUGUGUUUACAUGUACAUGUUAGCAUAAAGUCAAAUACAAAGAACUCAAAACCAACAAGAUCAUGUCUGUUUUUACGCUUACCGGUGUGUGCGGUAGAAUAGUCAUGCAGUGCAUUUUGAGAGCAAGCUAUGUAGGAAUGCCGUAUCAUGCUGAGCUGUGGUCUCUUUUUUUUUUUUGCCUAUUUAUGCUGAUUGUAUUGGCGUGAGUGGUGCAGCAACAAAAUGAGUGUUACGUGCUGUGCGCUACAUGGACAUUAUCUGUCACAAACACCACUAUGUAGUCGGCAUACAAGGAAAUAUUCUUAACUGCAACAUUAUAACAUUGAAAUCACUAACACUCAUUUUUUAUUUCAUUUUUUGAUGGCUGUAGCGCAUGCGUUGUCUUCUGUGUUAUAAAUUAUUGGUGUAAAAGUCGCACAUGUUACUCCUUAAGCUCUUCCGGAUUUGGAAAAACAAGGAAAGCUUACAAAUUUCGAUAGGUAAGUCACCACUAGGGCACCAUUGUAACAUGCUUAUGUGUCAGCAAAGCGUUGUGUCAGGUUUCUUAGUGAUCAUCCGAAUACACUUUUCUCCUGAAUAAGAAAUUGUCGCGCUGUCUGUUGAAAUUCAGCUUGAGCACUUUGAACCAGGACUAGGAAUGUGCAAUUUAUUGUGUGCUGGCUUAGAUGGAAAUCACUACUUGCAAAACCUGCACUGUGCAUUACGAGAUUUUAGUGAUGUGUAGCACUCCUAGACUCACUAUUGCAUAACUGCUUCUAUUCAAGCAGCAUAUCUUGAAGCACAGCGUUUCAUUUUUGUUUCUAUGUGCAAUGAACAUCAAUAUCUCUCCUGAUCUUAUAUUAAGCUGCAUGUGUUCUUUGGCUUUACAAUCGAAAAGUGCUGGGUUCGACUGUUGGCAAUUGUUUCACUUGGGCAAUGUUAUGAGUGCAAGAAGUGCAUUUACAGUGCGAGAUUUGUGCUUGAUUCUGCUGCUGUAGUUCAGGAAGCAUGAAUAAACAUGCAGUGUACCUUGAAUCCAUGCAGAAGUGGUGGAUAUUAUUCUUGAAGUAGGUUAAAUGACCACUUGUGUUUAAAUAGCACCACGAGGGAACAGUGCCACUUGAGAAAGGCUUGAAAGUGGGCUAGUAGAUUUUUUUUCACACAGGAGCAUUAUUAAUUAUGCAAAAUGAGCCUUUGGCAUCCUUCUGUGCACAAAACAUGCACACGAAUGUUAAGAAACGAGUCUGAUAAGUGACGGCACAAACUAAUAACCAGUGUUUAUUGAAAGAGGGGGGGCACAAAGCAGGACAUCAGGAUGAGAGCAGUUCUGAGGCCAUAAUCUUGAUCCCAUCGUCUUUGGUAGCUGCAAAAAAAAGUGUCAGAAAGUCAAGUAUCACUAAAAAAAUCCACCUUUUUGUUUGCCAAGUUGAUACGUUCUCCUUGUGUGGUGUAAGUCAGGUAAAAAUUUAACUUAGUACAUACUGAAAGACUGGUUUCUUUCUCUCUUUUUGAACACAAAUGUGCUCUGUGUGCUCCUGCAUCAUGCUCAAAUGCUGUGCAGGAGAUUUUGCAAGCAUGUCUGAUAAUUGCUUUUGACUGUCAUUACUUGUGAUUCAUGCUGUUGUUUUUGCUACACAUACACUUGAAGUGUUGCUUCUAGUUGCAACUUCUCUACAGCUGCAUGCAGAAUCAAGCACAAAUUAACAGACUCCCUUUUAAAGCAAACAUGAAGAGACAUUGAAAUUUUUUGUCUUUUCAUAAGUUACUGAAUCCAGCAGGACUGUUCAGCUUGUUGGAGCAUCCUCAUUACCAAUGUUUGUCGUAAAGGGAGCCUACUGUAAUGGAUGGCAAAGCAAGCUGAAGUGAGGAUGGACUCGCAUGAUUGAUGAACAGUUUCCAGUGACAUCACUGUGUAAUUUUUAUUAUGGUCCAUUGUCCAAAGUCUGUUUUGUUACCGUUCAUUGUGAGACUUGCAUUAUAGACAUCUUGUGCAAAUGUGUGAUAGACGGAAGGGAGAUUAAAGGUUCUGUACUGAUAUUGAUGCCAGUCAAACAUCUUUUGUUACUGUUUAUCAAAGAAAAACUCUUGAUUCAAGUACAAAGCAAAGCUGGCACUUCGUUUUAUUUCUUUUUCCCAACAUGACUACCAGACUGACCUUUUUAUUUUUUUUUCAAAUGUUUCACUUCACUGUACAUUGUCUUCCCUUGUAGAUUAAAUGCUUGUUGAUUGAA